CCUACUAAACCGCUUUUCUUAAUUAUCUACCCUUAGAUUACUUGCUUUCUUGGAGAAUUGUUUCUAUCCCUGCAUGAUGUUUGGUUGGAGAAGAAGAAAAGGGAAAUCCCAGAAGCAGGACAACAUCCAUAAAAAGGAGCUUGAAAUUCCGGGACAUUUCCGGUGCCCGAUAUCCCUUGACCUCAUGAAAGAUCCGGUGACAUUGUCUUCUGGGAUCACUUAUGAUAGAGAAAGUAUCGAGAAGUGGCUUGAGGAUGGGAACUUCGCCUGCCCUGUUACCAGUCAGGUGCUCAGAAGUUUUGAUCAGAUACCCAAUCAUUCUCUCAGGAGAAUGAUUCAAGAAUGGUGCGUAGAAAAUCGGAAUUUCGGGGUUGAACGGAUCCCAACACCCAGAAUUCCAGUCACCUCUGCUGAGGUCUCCGAGAUUCUGUCAAGAAUUACUGAGUCCAGGAAUCAGUUGGAUCAAGUGGGGUGUCGAGAUUCAGUGCAGAAAAUCAAGGAUUGGGGUAUGGAAAGCGAACGGAAUCGCCGGUGUAUAGUGGCAAACGGGGCGGCACCGGUGCUUGCAGCUGCGUAUGACGCAUUCGCAAUCGAUUCAUUUGAGAGAAACGCCAUGUUGCUGGAUGAAAUACUAUCGUUGAUGAAUUCGAUGUAUCCACUGGACGAGGAGUCUUGCAAAUUCUUGGGAUCGAAUGCCUCUUUGCGUUCCCUGGUGUGGCUUCUGAAAUGCAGCGAUAUUUCCGUGAAACAGAACUCCAUGAUUGCCCUGAAAGAGCUUCUUAGUGCCGACCAGCGGCACGGAGAGUCCUUGGCCGCCAUUGAUGGGGUCAAUGAAAUCCUAUUCAAGUUCAUCAAAGAACCCGUUUCCCCUUCAAUCACAAAAGCAUCUCUCACAGUAAUCUUCCACUUGGUUUCUUCUCCAAAUGAGAAUAUGAAAUCCGAAUUUGUCCAAUUGGGUUUGGUUUCCUCAGUCCUGGAAAUCAUCAUGGAAUCCGAGAAGAGCAUGUGCGAGAAGGCAUUAGGUGUUCUUCAUCAACUCUGCGAUUUCAAAGAAGGGAGAGAACAGGCAUACGAUAAUGCCUUAACAAUCCCUGUUUUGGUUAAGAAAAUUCUGAGAGUACCAGGAUUGGCAACUGAAUACUCUGUUUCGACAAUAUGGAAACUCAGCAAAUAUGAAAAGAAACAUGAAGGGAGGGUUUUAAUUGAAGCACUUCAAGUUGGUGCAUUUCAGAAACUGUUGCUGCUCUUACAGGUUGGAUGUGGGGAUGACACGAAGGAGAAGGCGACAGAGCUUUUGAAGCUGUUCAAUCCUUACAGAGCUGGAUUAGAAUGCAUAGAAACUGCAGAUUUCAAGAAUCUCAAUAGAUCGUUUUGAGGAAAAAAGAAUAAUAUCAAUAAAUUCUUUAUUCUUUAUUUUCUUGUGUUCAUGUUGAAUUACAUUCAUGUGGAGAUAGUAAUUCAAUUUCCACAGACAAGUUUUUGUACCGUACAAGUUGGUGAAGAAAUGGGAUGUGAGGUGUCGAGAUUUCUUCCACGAGGAAGAAUAACAAUCACGUUAUGAA